AUGACAAAAACAUGUAUGAAAAAAGCAUCCACAGAAAUCGCCCCUAAAAUCUCCGCUUCUCGUGUGCUAAGCAGUACUCGUAUUUCUGAGUUAAAUGAUUCCAAUCUCAGUUAUUCUUCAAAAGUAGGCAAACUAUCACGGCAUCGAUUACGUGUUGCGCUGGAUGAUGAUGAUAGUGUUAGCGAUAAAGAAAAUGACUAUACAGAUCUUGACAUAUCCACUCAUUUACCGUCUUCUAUCCCUCCAAUUGAAUCAACCAGAAUCCCACGAGGUGAAGAAUCUUCGUCAUCAUCUGAUGACGAAAGACGUUUAAAUUAUGAAUCAUCAGAACAAGAAUCUAACAGUGGUGUUACUGAAGACGAAGCGGAAUCUGUUGUCAAUGAUGAUUCUAAUGAUUCACAUGUGAGAAAUAACCGUCGUCGUGAAAAUGACCUAAAACGCGACUCCAAACGACGUGCUUACUCACCAAAUGAAAUUUCCGAAGGAUACAAUACUAAUAACCAACAUGAACUGCCGUCUGGCGCAGAUGAUGAUGCGGUGGACACUGAUGUAUUGGAGAGAUUACGUAAGAUUUCCAAAGGAGCAGCGAAACGUGUUGUCAAGAAUCCUCGUCCCAAACUUGAUCCUCAAAGAUUAUUGAGUAACAAAGGUUUGCCGGCUCUGCUGGAAGAUUUCAAAAAAGUUAAAUUUCGAGGUAAAGGCUAUGAGUUUCAAGAUUUGAAUAGACUAUUAUUUGUUUAUGAAGCAUGGAGUCAUCGUUUGGUACCUAGAAUGAGUUUUCCUGAAGUUAUAGAUCGUUUGGAAAGUGUUGGAAGUAAACGUGAAAUACGUGUUGCUUUACAUCGACUUCGUAAUGGUAUUUGGCCACCAUAUACAAGUGAAGAACAAGCAGUACCAUCUGAUAAUGAAAGCACAUCAGAACAAGAAGAUCCGGAUGUAAUAUGGAAACGGGCUUUAGAAUCUGUUCCUGAGGAUGCAAUCAAUUCUACAAAAUCACCAUCUACAAUAAAUGAUGUUUACGGAAAAGAAUUGAAUCAUAAAAAUGAAACUGAAGAUUCAACUGGCAGCUUCAACAUACAAUCACCACAAGUGCAACCAUCUACUUCAUUUGAUUUUGAGUCAAGAGCUGAAAGAAAUAAACGUUUAGCGUUAGAACGACUUGCAGCUCGAAAAGCUCGUUCUGAAACAAUUAAUAAUGGAAAAUUACAAUUGUCUACAAAUCAUAUAUUAAAAAAUGCCUUGAAAGCUGCAGUCAAUACCACCCCUCUGUUGAACAAAGCUGAUACCACUAAAUCAUUUCCAGACUCUCCUGUGAAUAAGAAAUUGGAUACUGAUGUUUCCAUCGAUAUACCCUGUUCAGAAAAUACUCAUACUGUUUCUUAUAAUGCUACUACCCCUACUAUAACACAUGACAAUCACGAGACUUCUCCUUUUUUGGAAGGAACUCCAGCCAUUCCUGACAAAUUACCAUCAGUUUUAUACGAACUGGCGUCACCAUGUCAUGAAGACGAGUCAGAUCUUGUUAUUGAUCUAAACUAGAUUUGUUACUUUGUUCAAUGUCUCGUUCCAAUGACUGGUUCAUUACUUCAUUUUUGUAUAAAUAUUUCGUCCUAUAUACCUUUUUAAUAAAAUGACAAGUUAAUAUAA